CAGACCCCUGCAAAAGUGGGGAUGGAGAGAGACAGUGGGGGAUAGCCUGGGUAUAAAUAGGAGGCCUGUUUUUAUCUCUACACAUGGGCUGAAUCAGGCAAGCAGCUCUAUUUGGCACAAUUUGAGGGCUCUGAAUGCCAACCCAGCCCUGUGUCACACAACUCCCUCCCCAGCAUGUCUCUGGGAGCUGAAAUAUCUACUGGGAGAGUCAUUUCUUUGGGUCAGAACAUUGACAGCAGAAGACCCCUGGAAAAAUACAUAGGUUGGAGGAGCAACACAUUAGUCUCCUGGCACUUGUUGAACAUAGCAACCUAGGCUAGCUAGCUGGUUCCUAUGGGAGAGGGUCUCAGUUUUGAUGUUGGGGAAGAAGGGUGUUCCAAGAUGGAAUACUAUGAGGCACGUUGCACAACCAUUGUCUCUCUGAUCCCAGAAGCCUGGGAAUUAUAAUCCAUAGUUCAAAAAUCUUAAUGGUUUUGAGACUGUGUUCCUUGGAAGAAAUGUGGAGGGAAGCCACUCCAGCAGCUAGAAUACUAACUUCCUUUGCUUUUGCUGGAUUGAUACCAAGUGCCUGCAACUGCAACUCCCGUUACUUUGGGCUCGGGAGACCUGCUGGCAUUCAUGUGUCCAAUUUUUAAAUGAUACAUGAAUUAAUUAUUUACUAUCUUCUGUGUUGCUAUGCAAAGACGCGAGUGUUACCCUUCAGAAGGUGACAUGGGUGCAGAUCCCUGGUGUGGAGCAGGGAUGGCUGGAGGGGACCAGGCCUGGAACAGGGGGAAGGAACGAGGGGUGUCCAAGGACAGAGCUCAGCUCGGCAGUCACAAGGCUGCAGCGCGACAAGCGUUUGGGGAAGGUAGGAACUGGUCCCCGCCACCUGCCGGUCAGCACUCCUUCCCACAGUCAGGCAGCGGGACCCUGGCCUGGUCCCAAAAUAUGUGAGCGCAGCCUCCUACUCCCGCCCCCUUCCCCACCGCCGCGCCCGCGGAGUGGGGGGCUGCGGGGGCUGCGCGGCCGGCGCCGGGAGCCGGGCGAGCUGCCCAGCGCGGGAGGGGGGAGGGGGGGCGGGGCGGAGCUUCAGCUCCUCCCGGAGCCUUAUUCCCAGCCGCGCUCCCGGGAGCCUUCAGUCGACUGAGGGACCUGCGGGCGGCCGGUGGCUCGCCUGACUGAGACACCAGGGGCUUGGGCGGGCGGACGGACAGAGCGAGCAGACAGACGCCCAGCGGCCGCCAGCUCCACGCAGGUCCCUGCUAGGCUUGCACCCAGAGGCCGCCGGCACACCGAAACCGGCCGAAUCUCCUGCGCUCCGCCCGCCCCGGCUCCCGUGCCAGCGCCCCGUGGCCGCCGCCUCCGAAGUGAUUGCUGCCUCGCCGCCUCCGCCGCGUCUAGGACCAUGAAGCUGCUGCCGUCGGUGGUGCUGAAGCUCUUUCUGGCUGCAGUGCUCUCGGCGUUGGUGACUGGCGAGAGCCUGGAGCGGCUUCGGAGAGGGCUGGCAGCUGGAACCGGCAACCUGGACUCUCCCACCGAAUCUACAGACCAGCUACUGGCCCCGGAAGGCGGCCGGGGCAGGGAAGUCCUGAACUUAGAAGAGACAGACCUGGACCUUUUAAGAGCUUUCUCCUCGAAGCCACAGGCUCUGGCCACACCCAGCAAGGAGGAGCGUGGGAAAAAAAAGAAGAAAGGCAAGGGGUUAGGGAGAAAGAGAGACCCUUGUCUUCGGAAAUACAAGGACUUCUGCAUCCAUGGUGAAUGCAAAUAUGUGAAGGAGCUCCGGGCUCCAUCCUGCAUCUGCCACCCCGGUUACCACGGAGAGAGGUGCCAUGGGCUGAGCCUCCCAGUGGAAAAUCGCUUAUAUACUUAUGACCAUACAACCAUCCUGGCUGUGGUGGCCGUGGUGCUGUCGUCCGUCUGUCUGCUUGUCAUCGUGGGGCUUCUCAUGUUUAGGUACCAUAGGAGAGGAGGUUAUGAUGUGGAAAGUGAAGAGAAAGUGAAGUUGGGCAUGACUACUUCCCACUGAGAGAGACCUGUGCUCAAGGAAUCUGCAGGACGACUGCUACCUCUGAGAAGGCACAGCUGAUCGUAGACUCUGCAGAGGGAAAGUACGUCACAGCUAGUCAGGAAGACUCCUUCGUUCCCGGUUGCUGUCUAGAUUGGGCCUCCCAUAAUUGCUUUGCCGAAAUACCAGAGCCUUCAAGUGCCAAAUGGAAUAUGUCAAAAUGGGAUCUUGGUCAGAAGAAAGCAAAAGCGAGAGGCCUUCGUGCCCUUCUGAUUCCCCUCCUCUAAACUUCACGUAUCCCCAUAAGUUCGUUUAAACAAUUACCUUCUGGAUUCAGAUGCCAGUUAAAUUCCAUAUGCUCCAGGAUCAUUGACUGAUAAAAAAGAAGAAGGAGAGGAUGAAAGAAAACUUUGUGGAUGGGAAGAAAGUAACAAAGAUUGAGAAGCCAUGAACUCAUGCGGCCACCAAGGGAUCGGCCAUUUGGAGCCUCUAGCGCAGGAUUUGACGAGCUAACUGUGAAAUACAACAAGCCCGAGAACUCUGAAUUUUGGGACUUCUACCCAGAUGGAAAAGUAACAACUAUUUUUUGUUCGUUUGUUUGUAAAAUGCCUCUUAAAUUAUAUAUUUAUUUUAUUCUAUGUAUGUUAAUUUAUUUAGUUUUUAACAAUCUAACAAUAAUAUUUCAAGUGCCUAGUCUGUUACUUUGGCGAUUUCCUGGCCCUCGACCUUGUAUACCCCACCACUUGGCUCAGCGUUGCACCCCUCUGCCACAACUCCAAGGUGGGUAAUAUGCUGGGGUAAUAUGCUCUCUGUCCACGUUUCCGAAGAUCUUCCACAAUCGCAGUACCACAGCGGGAGGUCAGUAGAGUCAAGAUAAAGGAGUUAACCUUGUCAGAUCCUCUCUAUGAGUUGGACUGCGGUCUUGCCUAGGCGAUAUUGUCUACCGUUUGUGUUUUGAAAGCCCAAGGUGCUGACGUCCAAGCAUACCGACAGAUAUUGGUGUUUGCCUGUGUCCUGUCCCUGCCAAAUCUCAUAAGAGAUUGGACUUCCAUGCCCGCAGCUCUCCUGACUCCUCAACCCCGACGGCCCCAGGCCCACAGAGUGGGAACUCCCUCUCCCCUGUGUCGAAACAUUUCUCUUACUCCUGCCAUUCUUCUGGUGCUACUCCAUGUGGGGGUCAGUGCAGCAGAGGAUAAUCUAGAGAAGAUUUUAGCAACAAAAAAAGGCUGAGGAGGAGCAGGAAACACUGGAGCCGACUGUUCUUGUUGACUGAUGAUCUACCAAUUACUACAGAGUUUGGAGGUGAGGAGGGCUUUUGUGUAAACCCACCCACCUCACCGAAAACUAAAAAGGUAUGCUGUCAUGGUCCCUUCUGGAAGUUUCUGGUGCCAUUUCUGAACUGUUACAACCUGUAUUUCCAAACCUGGUUCAUAUUUAUAUUUUGCAAUUCAAAUAAAGAUAACCCUUACUCCAUA